UGAUCCAUACAUACACAUACACAAAUAGAUAAAUAUAGCACAUGUAAAGUUAUUGGUCCAUUUCAUUUCCGUGUAAUAAAUGGAGUGAACCAACUCCAGAAUCAAAUUCAAUCAAUUAAAUCAAAACAUCAUCUCAGGUCUCAUCCCAAGUAAUUGAUUUAGGUACAAAUUUCACGUCAGAAAACUCGGGAACUCUAUCUGUACACUAUCAUGGGUUGUACUCCAGAAGCAUUUCUUCAAGUUCUUUCUGCGCCAGGAACCAACUUUUACCAUUGGAAUUUGUGCUAUGAAAAUUCAACCAUGUUCCUGUCAGACAAGUACAGAAGAGGAAGAGGGUGUAGGUAUUCACAGUCCGGAAGAUCUAGUCCUCAAAAUUUUAAUAGAAUCAUUGCGGAUCUUCGUGUUGAUGGGAUGACUUAUAAGAAGAAACGACCAUAUAGUUUGGAAAAUCUGACUUGCAAAUGUGGACGGUCAGAAAGUGUUAGUGCGGCGGCUAAUGAAGAGGAGAAUAGAACAUGGAUUAAUGGCAUAGCAAUGGAUUCAGAUAUCUCGAAAUUUGAAUUGGCUCAACAGUUGAAAAAUGAAAAUGGUGCUGUCUUUUCCAAUAUUGAUUUAGGGACACCUGGGGCAAUUAAUAGUAAAUUGAAUGGGGUCGGUGAUUCUUUUGAGGAUGAAGCAUGGGACUUGUUACGAGCGUCAAUGGUAUAUUAUUGUGGCAAUCCUAUUGGAACAAUUGCUGCUAAUGAUCCAAAUGAUUCCAGUAUAUCCAACUAUGAUCAGGUUUUCAUACGGGACUUCGUCCCUUCUGGGCUUGCUUUCCUUCUGAAAGGAGAGUAUGAUAUUGUACGGAGCUUCAUCCUUCACACACUUCAGUUGCAGAGUUGGGAAAAAACAAUGGAUUGCCAUAGUCCGGGGCAAGGGUUGAUGCCUGCUAGCUUUAAGGUGCGCACAGUUCCGCUUGAGGGUGAUGAUUCAGCAACAGAAGAUGUUUUGGAUCCAGACUUUGGGGAGGCAGCAAUCGGUCGCGUUGCACCAGUCGAUUCUGGAUUGUGGUGGAUUAUAUUGUUACGUGCAUAUGGAAAAUGUUCCGGGGAUCGUUCUGUGCAGGAAAGGGUUGACGUUCAAACUGGAAUCAAAAUGAUUCUGAAGUUAUGUCUUGCUGAUGGUUUUGAUAUGUUUCCUACUUUAUUGGUGACAGAUGGUUCUUGUAUGAUAGAUCGCCGUAUGGGAAUUCAUGGCCAUCCAUUGGAAAUCCAGGCACUAUUCUACUCGGCUUUGCUUUCUGCACGUGAGAUGCUUGCUCCCGAGGAUGGAUCAACUGACCUCAUAACAGCACUUAACAAUCGUUUAGUUGCGUUACCAUUCCAUAUCAGGGAGUAUUAUUGGACUGAUAUGAAAAAGCUAAAUGAAAUCUACCGUUACAAGACUGAAGAGUAUUCAUAUGAUGCAGUCAACAAAUUCAAUAUUUACCCUGAUCAGAUUCCUCCGUGGUUGGUCGAGUGGAUGCCCAAUAAAGGAGGCUAUUUGAUCGGAAACCUGCAGCCGGCUCACAUGGACUUUCGCUUCUUUUCCCUUGGAAAUUUGUGGUCAAUAAUUAGCAGUCUUGCCACAAACGAACAGUCACAUGCUAUAUUGGAUCUUAUAGAAGCCAAAUGGGCAGAAUUAGUAGCUGAUAUGCCACUGAAGAUAUGUUAUCCUGCUCUUGAGGGUGAAGAAUGGCGAAUUGUUACUGGCAGUGAUCCCAAGAAUACGCCUUGGUCUUAUCAUAACGGGGGCUCCUGGCCAACUUUGCUCUGGCAGCUCACGGUAGCAUGCAUAAAGAUGAAUAGGCCUGGAAUUGCUGAAAAUGCGGUGAAGAUUGCUGAACGGCGCUUAUCUAGAGACAAGUGGCCAGAAUAUUAUGACACCAAGCGAGGAAGAUUUAUUGGUAAACAGGCACGCCUCUUUCAGACUUGGUCAAUCGCAGGAUAUCUUGUGGCGAAACUUCUCCUUGCUAAACCAGAGUCGGCAAACAUUCUUGUGAACAUAGAAGAUACUGAGCUGGUAAAUGCCUUUUCUUGCAUGCUUAGCGCUAACCCAAGAAGAAAACGUUCUCGGAUGGGAGCAAAAAAGAGCUACAUUAUAUGAGCAUAUCUCAUCAUCAGUGAUGUCUGAAGGAUCAUGCCUUCUGUGUGAAAGUAAAAAAUUUAUAUAUUUUUAAGCAUCAUAUGUACAGGUCGACUCUCAGGGAUAAUAUUUUUUUUGCCAAAGAAGUUCAUUUACCCCCAAACAACUUCAGUUAUAGUAUUAUUUUAUCCCAGUUCUUGCAACACAUUUUUAGUUGCAAGCUGUGUUAAUACACUAGCGGAUGUUCAAUAAUUUUUGGGAAAAUGGUCAAAUAUUGCAA